UCGGAAUAAACGUUUCCGUUAGAAAGUCAAAGACAUUGACUAAUGCCGACAAGCAAAAACUGUCGGUAAGUUUCAUCUUCAUUUAAUUGCACCCCCUCCAUAAAUAUCGGAAUCGCCAUUUCCGUUUCUUGAACCCCAGCUGAAAUCCCCACCCACCCUAUAAAUACAAACCAUAAUAUUCUGAAAAUUCUGCAACCAGAAAACCCCAACCCCACAAUUCUAGGAUAUUCAGACAUGGGUUUGCAUUUUCCGUACUGCCACGUAGAUUCCACCCUCCGUGCUCUCGCCGGCCAAGCUGAGGGCUUCGGCCGUUCCGCCGUCGGCGGCCUUCACGGCGCCGUCUACUGCGUCACCACCCUCUCCGAUGACGGGCCGGGCUCACUCCGUGAUGGAUGCCGUAAGCAAGAACCACUCUGGAUCAAAUUCGAAAUCUCGGGCACAAUUAAACUCUCAUCGUACUUAACCAUAUCUUCUCACAAGACCAUCGACGGGCGUGGUCAACGGAUUAAGAUCACGGGCAAAGGAUUAAGGUUGAAAGAAUGCGAGCACGUAAUUAUCUGCAACCUCGAAAUCGAAGGUGGGAGGGGCCACGACGUCGACGGGAUUCAAAUAAAACCGAAUUCGAAGCACAUUUGGAUCGAUCGGUGUAGUUUGAGUGAUUUCGGUGAUGGAAUGAUCGAUAUCACUCGAGAGAGCACCGAUAUUACUAUUUCUCGAUGCCAUUUUGCGAAUCAUAAUAAAACGAUACUAAUUGGUGCGGAUGCUUCUAAUACGGGCGAUAGAUGCAUUAGGGUUACGAUUCACCAUUGUUUCUUUGACGGGACUAAACAGAGGCACCCGCGUGUUCGGUUCGGGAAGGUGCAUUUGUAUAAUAACUACACUACUAAUUGGGGGGUUUAUGCUGUUUGUGCUAGUGUGGAAUCUCAGAUAUACUCGCAGUGCAACAUAUACGAAGCUGGACAAAAGAAGGUGGCCUUCAAAUACUACACGGAAAAGGCAGCUGAUAAGGAAGAAGAAUGCACCGGCUGCAUUAAAUCCGAAGGUGAUUUAUUUGUGUGUGGAACUGAUUCGGGGCUAACGCCCCUACCGGAAGAAAAUUCCGUUUUUAACCCUAGCGAGUAUUACGAGAAGUGGACGGUCGAAGCACCGACCGAUGAAUUGAAGCAUUUUCUUCAACACUGCACGGGAUGGCAGGACGUUCCACUGCCCGCUGAUAUAUAACAGCGCGUAUAGAUGCAUAAUAAAUAUAUACGUAUACGUAUACUUACACUUCUGCCGUGAUAUUAUCAUGUUUGCUUUGUUUUGGUUUUUUCAAUUGAUGUUUAUGAACAGAAUGUAAUAAGAUGUGUAACUUUUGGUUGACUGAUGUAUGGUGAAACAUUUCUGUUCCUUA